AUUAUUAUUGAAAUACAUCGAUGGUACAGCUCUUCCGUUCGCUGCUAUAAGGCUCUGCUUCGAUGUGUGACUGGCUGUCAGUCAUUGGAGAUGAAUCACCCAGGCAGCUUAAUGGGUUGUCUGUAAGCCGCUGUGUUAAGUUGCUUAAACCUAUUCAUAGCCUCGUUCGGGAGAGGAAAGAGGCGAGACAAACAUCGCAACAUUAACUCGAUCAGAGGUCAGUUGCGAGGAGUGUUUGGGUUCGGGGACAGCCCGUUACCGGUGUAAAAGAUGUGGGAAGAAGUUCUAUCAUCUGCUUUCGCCAAGUAUGGUGCAGUAGCCGUGGUGACAGCUUUCUGCCUUCUUGCACUGAGGAGAUGGAUAGCUGGGGGGACGUGUCGCAGCCAGGCGCGUCUUGAUGGGAAGACGGUGCUGAUCACUGGAGCCAACACCGGCAUUGGCAAGGAGACAGCAUGUGACAUGGCGCGCAGAGGGGCUCGAGUGGUGAUGGCAUGCAGGGACCUGAUCAGGGCAGAGAGGACGGCAGAAUAUAUUCGGACAUCAACAGGAAAUGGAAAUGUGGUUGUGCGCCACCUGGAUCUGGCCUCCCUGUAUUCCGUGCGUCAGUUUGCCAAGGAGUUUCUUGUCACAGAAGAUCGCCUGGACAUUCUCAUUAACAAUGCUGGUGUGAUGAUGUGCCCCAAGUGGGUGACAGAGGAUGGCUAUGAAACACAGCUGGCUGUCAAUCAUUUGGGACAUUUUCUUCUGACCGCCAUGCUGAUAGGGGUGCUGAGGAGGUCCAACCCUAGUCGGGUAGUGAAUGUGGCCAGUAUUGCACACAAAGGAGGAAAAAUUGACUUUGAUGAUCUGUUUUUCGACAAGAGGCCAUACAGUUCACUGGUCAGCUACAGGCAGAGCAAGCUGGCCAAUGUCCUUUUCUCCCGAGAGCUUGCUCGCAGGAUGAGAGGCACCGGGGUUUCGUCGUUUAGCCUCCAUCCAGGGGUAAUUCGGACAGAGCUCGGCCGGCACGUGGAGAGCUGGUUCCCCUUCCUGAAGACCGUGCUGAUGCUCCCCUCAUACGCGUUCAUGAAGACCCCACGGGAGGGAGCCCAGACAUCCAUCUACUGCGCUGUGACCGAGGGGCUGGAGAGCAAAUCUGGCUGUUACUUCAGUGACUGCUCUGAGAAGGAGGUCGCACCAGAGGGCAGAGAUGACGUUGCGGCCAGCCGACUGUGGGAGAUGAGUGUCCGUCUGGUGGGGCUCUGAGAGGAAGGCUCAGAGGGAGAAACGCCUCCUCCGCCUCUCUUCCACCAGGUCCGCUCGCUCCCAACCCUGCUGGGUCCUCCAAGGCGUCGCCACACACACACCUCAGAACGCCACUGUCUCGUCUGAUGCUGAAAGAGGGAAAAGCAGGCAGACAGCUUUUCUGGGUGUUUUCAUGAGAAUUUAGGAGUCAUUAAGGCAAUCUAAUCAACAAACGAUCAUUUUCACAUUAGCAAGCUCGUUUGCCCUGUUCUUGAUUUUGUGUGUGGGUGAUUUCUUUCUCCUCUUAAAGCUGGAAAAAUUAUAUCAGGAAAUGAGUGAGAUGUGAAAUGAAUGAAAUCAGCCUACUGUUAAUAGUUUGUCUGUGUGGUUAACAUCCGUGGUUAAAAUCUUUUCUUUAAAAUGGAAUUCAUCUUUAAUAUUUGAGUUUUCAGUUUUUAUUGGGUUUUGCAUUUCCGUGUAAGCUACAAUAUCCCACAUUACAAUGAACUGUAAGAUACUUGAAUAUUUCACCUUUAAGCCUGUGAUUUGUAAAGGCAAGAGAAACAGAUCUUUUUAACUGACUGAACUGACUGAACUAACUCUGUCUAGAAAUGUACCCUGUUAUGUAUGUUGCAUACCAUGUACAGUACUAUUUGUUAUACUUGGCUUCUGAACUGAAUUUUAUGCAAUAAAUACUCUAUGUACUGAACAAUUUUGAAACCCUUA